AUGAGUGAUCAGGAGGUCACUUUCUCAGCUGUGAGAUCCCAUAAUUCUUCAGGGUUGCAGAACCAGGUGAGGCUUGAAGAGACUCAGAGGCCUAGAAAAGCUGGCCUCAGAGUGUGUUCAGUCCCCUGUCAGGUCAUUGUGAUAGCUCUCGGAAUAGUCUGCUCCCUUCGGCUGGUAAUUGUUGCAGUAUUUGUGACAAACAUUUUUCAGUAUGGUCAAGAAAAACAUGAACUGCAGGAAACUCUAAACUGCCACAAUAUCUGUAGCACCAUGCAAAGUGACAUCGACUUAAAGGAAAAAAUGCUGCAAAAUAUGGCUCUAGAGUGUCGUCUAGGCAAUGAUCUUCUGGAAUCCCUCAACAGAGAACAGAACAGAUGGUACAGUGAAACCAAGACUUUUUUAGAUUCUUCACAGCACACAGGUAUAAAACAAUACAUUUACCCAUUUACAUACUCUGUUGCAGGCAGAGGUUUUGAAAUAUAUUGGUUCUGUUAUGGUAUAAAAUGUUAUUAUUUCGUCAUGGAAAGAAAAACAUGGAGUGGAUGUAAACAGACCUGCCAGAAUUCCAGCGUAUCUCUUCUGAAGAUAGAUGAUGAGCAUGAACUGAACUUCCUUCAGCACGUGGUUCCUUCAGAAAGUUGCUGGAUUGGAUUGUCAUAUGAUAACAAGAAAAAAGAUUGGGCAUGGAUUGACAAUGGCCCAUCUAAACUGUGA